GUGUCGCGCGCGAUCCCACAAUUUCGCGCCGGUAACCACCUUCAUAAUAUAUAUACACGAGGAAAACAGACCGGGGACCAGAUCGGAACCAACGUUCCGACAGUCGUUACGUCGGGACGGCACGCACUUUUAUUUUUAUUUUCUGUCACAAUUUCCAUCGUUCAAAUAGAGCGACCGAUUAGUAUUAAGCGUAUUGAAAAAAAUCAAUUAAUCGAGCUUACAAUAUUGAAGUAACAAGGAAUUUGAAACGUCGGGAAUUACGAAAUAUUUGAUGGAAUAUACGAGAAAUUUGUCGAAUUUUACGAAACUUUAAGACAAUAAAAGAGUUGUGUCACGAGACGAACGAAAUACACGGAGUGUCCAAACCGUCGAGCUUCGUUGCACAAACGCACCGGAUCGGGGAGUUGUGCAUCGAAUUACGCGAUAUUUUUAAUAAACUAAGAGAAUCGAGGGAAGGAGAGGAUCGACGAAGUUUUUAUUGUCGAGUCAGUGUUUGACAGGAGCUCCUUUCGUCAUCGAUAAUAUUCCAUUCUUUUUACCUUUCUAAACCUCUGAGACAUUAUAUUUUUUAACGUGACGGAUUGGACUCCGAGAGGUUUGACGCGCUCCUUAAAGGCCAUCGUUCUAAGGCCGUCAGUGUAUAGAAACUGGGCGAGACGACGAUCAAAAGAAAAUUUCUUCUCUUCUGUCUGACUCUACACGUGCGAUAUCUACUUGGCGUUGUUGUGACGAAGUUUUAAACUGUGGUACUCGCGUACAUCAGACCAUCAAUCAUGUCGAUGAAGAAGAACAAGUCGCCGCCGGAAGUGGUCGGAAACCAGAUGAACGAGUUCAGUAGCACUACAAAAAUAAACCCACCCGUUAUCGGAGAGUACCACGAGAAGGAUGAGCUCUACAAUCCUUUCGAACAUCGGGACAAGAAAGACUCGAACUCAAACUUUGGGGCGUUCGCACAUCUCAUUAAAUCAUCACUCGGCUCAGGCAUCCUUGCGAUGCCAAACGCUGUCCGAAACGGUGGCUUGAUGUUCGGUGGCAUCGGAACCAUCCUCAUUGGCAUCGUCUGCGCUCACUGCGUUCACAUACUCGUUAAGUCUUCCCACGUUUUAUGCAAACGCAUAAAAACCCCGUCAAUGACGUACGCCGAAACGGCCCAAGCUGCCUUCCAAUGCGGUCCACCGAGCCUUCGCAAAUACGCCAAUUUCGCCAGAUUAUUCGUCAAUGCGGCCCUCUGCGCAACGUACAUUGGCGGAGUUUGCGUUUACGUUGUUUUCAUUGCCGAAUCCAUCAAACAGGUGACGGAUUAUCGCUUGGAUAUCGACAUAGACCAGCGACUGUACAUGGCCGCGCUCCUUCCGGCUGUCAUAAUACUAUCCCAGAUCCGGAAUCUCAAAUACCUCGUGCCGUUUUCCAUGGUGGCGAACGUUUCAAUUAUGAUUGGUCUCGCUCUAACCCUGUAUUAUAUAAUUAUUGACAUUCAGCCGAUAAGCACCGUGAAAAAUUUCUCGAGCAUCCCGCAGCUGCCCUUUUUCUUCGCAACUGUGAUUUUCGCCAUUGAAGGCAUCGGCGUGGUCAUGCCCGUCGAAAACAGCAUGCAAAAACCCCAACACUUCCUCGGCUGCCCGAGUGUCCUCAACUUGACGAUGACAGUCGUCAUCAUGCUUUACGCCACUUUGGGAAUUUGUGGUUACUUGGCGUACGGUGAAACGACGUACCCUAUCGUCACCUUGAAUCUCCCGUUACCAGAUACGCUCGCUCAAACAGCGAAGCUUCUAAUCGCUUUGGCGAUUCUCUUCACUUACGGCCUUCAGUUCUACGUGCCAUUAGAAAUAGUAUGCGCGGCAACGAGGCCGUGGUUCAGUCACCGUUUCGCUGGGAUUGGCGAGACCGUUAUCAGGGUCCUGAUGGCUUGUAUGACCGUCGCGAUUGCCGUCGCCGUUCCAAUGCUGGAGCCGUUCAUAGCCCUCGUCGGUGCUGUGUUCUUGUCGAUCCUCGGCAUCACCAUACCCGCGGUCGUCGAAACGAUAUCGUGCUGGGAAUGUCAUCUGGGCACGUUCAAAUGGAGACUCUGGAAAAAUUCCUUCCUCGUUUGCUUCUCGAUCUUCGCACUUGUUACCGGCACUUUCGUAUCGCUUAAGAGCAUAGUCGAAAAGUACUCAAAUACAUGAUUCAUAUAGAUUAA